AUGGCUCUUUCUAGGAAACAUUACUCUUACUCAAAGAUGGAUAAAGAAGAUCCUGAAGAAAUACUUCAUAGAAGAGCACAAUUCUUGAUCUACAAGGUGUUGGAACAAGCGAAUGCUCGACGAAAACAAUCUUGUUUAAGGAUAAAAAUAUCUAAGUUGAAGGUGAAGAUUGGGAAGAGGUUAAAGAGGCUAAGAAAGAGAAUCAUGUCUAGUGUGGUUGCAACUAGGGUUAGUAUUCAUGGACAUGUUGUGAGUCAUUUGAAAACAUGGAAACGUUUGUUUGGGAGGGAAAAACAAACCCUUUUAACCAUUCCUUCUCUUAUGAUCAAAUAA